GGGUGCUUGGCGGGGGCGGGCGAGAGCGAGAGAGCGAGCGAGUGCAUCGACCUGCGCAUGCGCACAGAGGAUCUGCUAGUGGACGUUGGACAAAGUUGUUCCACUUUGUGUUUGUUGUGUUGUGUUGUGUGUUUGUGAGGAACAUGCUGCUCACGUUUUGGGUGCUGCUGGCGUCGGGCGUGUGGCGCUGUGACGUCAUCAGGGCGUACGUCUUCCAGGCCAGCCGACCCGCGGAGGGCGGUGAGGCCCCGCCCCUCCACACCAAAGUGGUGUCCGAGUGGGUCAGCUCGGCGGGGUCGUGCAAGGGGCGGUGCUUCGAGCUGGAGGAGGCGGAGCCACCAGGAUGUCGGUGUGAUAAUUUAUGUAAGACGUACUACAGCUGCUGCUCUGACUUCGACCACCACUGUCUGAAAACAGUGGGAGGUUUCGUGUGCCGUCAGGAGCGUUGCGGCGAGGCGAGAAAGGAGGAACAUGCGUGUCAUUGCUCCGACGACUGCUUGGAGCGAGGAGACUGCUGCUCCAACUACAAGUCAGCUUGCAAAGGCGAGACAUCGUGGGUCCAAGGAGACUGCGAGCACAUCGGUGAUGCCGAGUGUCCCGCCGGCUUUGUCCGGCCCCCCCUCAUCAUGCUGUCUGUCGAUGGCUUCCGGGCGUCCUACUUGAAGAAGGGCGCGUCCGUCAUCCCCAACAUCCAAAAACUCAGGUCGUGUGGGACGUCGGCGCCGUACAUGCGUCCCGUGUACCCGACCAAGACCUUCCCUAACUUGUACACACUGGCCACGGGCCUCUACCCGGAAUCCCACGGGAUUGUGGGGAACACCAUGCACGACCCGGUCUUCAACGCCACCUUCAGCCUGCGGUCCCGAGAGAAGCUCAACCAUCGCUGGUGGGGGGGCCAGCCGAUCUGGAUCACGGCCGAGGAGCAAGGUGUCAAGGCUGGAACCUUCUUCUGGCCCUGGGUGAUCCCGCUGGAGCGCCGCAUCUUGACCAUCCUGCACUGGCUGCACCUGCCCGACCACCACAGGCCGUACGUGUACGCCGUGCACUCGGAACAGCCCGACACCUUCGGACACCGCCUGGGUCCGCUGAGCAGCGAGCUGGACAACCCCCUUCGGGAGAUCGACAACAUCAUCGGUCAGCUGAUGAACGGCUUGAAGCAGAUGAAUCUUCACCGCUGCGUCAAUGUCAUCGUCGUCGGAGACCAUGGUAUGGAGGAGGCCCACUGCGACCGCACCGAGUUCCUGAGCAGCUACCCGCUCAACAUCGAUGACAUCACGCUCAUCCCGGGCUCACUGGGAAGGAUUCGACCCCGCGAGCCAAAGUCAAGCUCAUAUGACCCUCAGGAAGUGGUCGCCAACCUGACGUGCAAGAUGGCGACGCAGCACUUCAAGCCGUACCUCAAGCAGCACCUGCCCAAGAGGCUUCACUACGCCAACAACCGUCGCAUCGAGGACGUUCACCUGCUGAUGGAGAGGAAGUGGCACAUCGCCAGGAAGAUGCCGGAAAAGAUGCGGACUCGAUGCGGUUUCUAUGGCGACCACGGCUUUGACAACAAGAUCACCAGCAUGAGGACCAUCUUCAUGGGACACGGGCCCAGUUUCCGCUUCCGGACUCAAGUGGCAGAGUUUGACAACAUCGAGCUUUACAACGUCAUGUGCGACCUGCUGGGCCUGAAGCCGGCACCAAACAACGGGACGCACGGGAGCCUGAACGCCAUGUUGAAGGAGCCGCCAUUCCAGCCCGUCAUGCCUGACGAAGUGACGCCGCCGUCGCUGGACACGCAGGUGGUGGUGACAUCCGACCUUGGCUGCAGCUGCGACGAUGAGAACAAAGUGGACGGGGUGACGGAGGCCUUCAGCCCCGCCCAGGACGACGUCUACGACUACAGUAUGACCGCCGAUGGUGUGCUGGCGUCAGGCGGGCAUGAGGUCACGAAUGUGCUCCUUGUCCCCGCAGACAGCACGCUGCUGCCGUUUGGCCGCCCCGCCGUCAUGUUUGAUGCCCGCUACGGUUUGCUUCAUCAUGUAGACUUCAUCAGCGCCUACAGCCGCCAGCUCGCUAUGCCGCUGUGGACGUCCUUCACGCUGCUGCCGUUGCAGGAGGACGUGACUCCUCUUCCAGAAGGUUCUACCGGCAGCCCCUGCGUCCGCAUGGACCCACGAGUGUCAGCGGAUCACAGUCCAAGCUGCACCGCCUACCAGCAGAAUCGCCUCCUCACCUACGGCUUCCUCUUCCCGCCUGAGUUGGCUUCGUCUCCUGAGUCCAAAUACCAGGCGUCUCUCAUCACCAACACCGUGCCCAUGUUUCCCGCCUUCACCAGAGUGUGGCGUUAUCUGCAGGGGACGUUGCUGAGGCGUUACGCCCAAGAGAACAACGGCAUCAACGUCCUCGCCGGGCCCGUGUUCGACUACGACUACAAUGGCCGCCGCGACGCCCUGGAGGACAUAAGAGUGUGGUCGCCCGUCACGCCGCCCGUGCCCACCCAUUUCUUCACCGUGGUGACGAGCUGCCGCCAGCCCAACCAGACGCUGGAUGAGUGCGACGGACAGCUUAGCGUCUUCUCCUUCCUGAUCCCUCAUCGAGCCGACAACAGCGAGACGUGCAACAGCCAAGAUGACGAGCAGCAGUGGGUGGAGGACCUGCUCAAGCUUCAUACGGCUCGAGUCCGAGAUGUGGAGAUCCUGACGGGUCUGGACUUGUACCGUACCACCAACCAGACCUACAGCAGCACCCUGAGCCUCAAAACGUGCAUGCACGCCUUUGAGAGCGAUGACUAGACCACCUCGACCCCACGGCAUGCUUUUUGUUCAUCCAUGAUGGCUCGCACAGCAACAACACACUCACCUUAGUGGGCGUGGCCAGAUGAAACGUUACAUAGUGCACACACAAAGACACGUGCACACACACGUGUUGGAACUUAAUGAACUGUUUGCUUGAGUGCAGUGUUCCGUUUCAGCCUUGGGAGGGCGCCAUUGUUCCUAGUUUGAAGCUCCUCUGACAUCACUGACUGCCAUGUUUUAUUUAACACUCACAAUAAAAACAAUAUCCAUAUCCAGAAAA